AUGGAAGCCUUCAUGGCUAUAUUUUAUGUGCUCUUUUUUGUUCUCCCAGAAACUAUCCGGUACAAUGAGCCAGCUAUACGACAGAAUGCUGCUGUGUUAGAGUACUGUCGUACCUCUAUGUGUGGGUUGUCUGGAGCUACGGCGGGUAUCCUGGGGUUGACUGGACUCUAUGGCUUCUUCUUCUACUUUAUCUCAUCUUUUGUACUUUCCCUCAUGCUACUUUUGAAAACUGGAUCACAGUGGAACAGAUACUUUUCCUCGAGAAGAAUGCUUUUCUUAAAUGGAUUAAUGGGUGGACUAUUUACAUACAUAUUGUUUUGGACAUUUCUCUAUGGGAUGGUGCAUGUGUACUGAUAUAAUCCAAUUGAGAAGAUAUUCCACAUUUCACAGCGUAUUUAAUUAGUGAUUACUUCUUAUUGGUUUUCACUUGUGUAAUAUUGUCAUGAAGUCAUGAGAUCAUUUUUUGUUUCUCUAUCAUUGCAUAUAUUAAUUGUACCCAAGAUUGUAAAGUGUCAUUUGUGUCUAUUGUAUAGAACAUUAAAAUUUUAAAUGUCAUUCCAGUAUCUCUGUGAAAUAAUUCUUUGUUAAUCUGUGUUGCUAGUCUUCUUGCACUAGAAUAGAAGAGCUUAGAUGUGAUCUUAGCUUUGAAGCAAGAAUUUAUGGAAAGCCCAUGUGUAUGCAGUUGGAAUAUAUAUAUUAGGGUUGACUGUAGAAUGUGAAAAAUGUAAAGUAUUACAACAGUACACAUGAUAUUAUUAUUAUUGAGACAAGCAAAAUCUCCAUCCUAACAAAAAACGCCUAUAAUGAUGUGUUACAAACAUAAAAGAAAACGGGACAUAAAACUGAAAAAAAACAACAUAUUUUUGUGCAAUUUUAAUGCUUGUAAAAUAGAGUUUUAGCUUGAUGACUUAAUAUUGAGGAUUUAUGUCGUGGUAGAUUGCUUGUGUAUUCUUCAGCAUUGCAUAUUUGUGAUUAUUAUUACAUGCAGUAGUUGAAGAAGUGCAAAUUUCCAAUAAAUAAAUAGCUGCGAUGACCACAGAAUUUCGAUUUCAUCUUACAGUCAGGCCCCUUGUUAUGUGAAUGACCAUGUGAAAAAGAAAAAACAUCCAAAAUUUGAUGCUAGUGGCAGCAGAAGAGCAUUCAGAUGAUUAGAGUCGAUCUUUUAUUAAACCUAAACAUAUCGAUCAGUGUAGUAAGUUUAUUUGACCGCUUUGAUGGCCUAAUGGUUAGAGUGUCUGCUUGGAAAUCGGGAUACUCUGGGAUCAAACCCAGGUCAGGUCA